AUGCCUUCCAGGGAUCCUGAGGAGAAUAAGAAGCGUUAUCUUUUAUCAAACGACAAGCAUAACCAUUUUGACACGGAAGCCACUGCAAAAAGAUUUGAACAUUUAUUAUCAUUAAGUGGUUUGUUUAGACAUUUUAUUGAGACUAGAGCACAGACUGAUGAAAAGUUUAAGAAAGUCUUGGAUAUUGUUGAUAUUGAGAUUGCUAAAAAAGCUGCAAAAUCAGUUCAUCAAGAUAAGAGAAGAAGAAAAACUGAGAAAGAAGAAGAUGCAGAAUUGUUAAAAGGUGGUGAUAUUGAUGAAGAAGACAAUGAGGCUCUGGAUGAUGUUGAGUUUCAAUUCAGAGAAUCACCAAGUUAUGUUGACGGUACUUUAAGACCAUAUCAAAUCCAAGGUAUUAAUUGGUUAAUCUCGUUGUACAAGAGUGGUUUAUCUGGUAUUUUGGCAGAUGAAAUGGGUUUAGGUAAGACGCUACAAACAAUUGCCUUCCUGGGUUAUCUAAGAUACAUUGAAAAAAAACCAGGACCAUAUUUAGUUAUUGCACCAAAAUCUACUUUAAACAAUUGGUUAAGAGAAAUUAAUAAAUGGACACCUGAAGUCAAUGCUUUUAUAUUACAAGGUGAUAAAGAAGAAAGAGCUGGUUUGAUACAAAAAAAAUUAGUAGGUUGUGAUUUCGAUAUUGUUGUCUCUUCUUAUGAAAUUAUCAUUAGGGAAAAGUCAGCUUUCAGAAAAAUUGAUUGGGAGUAUAUUGUUAUAGAUGAAGCUCAUAGAAUCAAAAAUGAGGAAUCCAUGUUAUCUCAAGUUUUGAGAGAAUUUAAGUCACGUAACAGAAUGUUGAUUACCGGUACUCCAUUACAAAAUAAUUUACAUGAACUGUGGGCUUUAUUGAAUUUCUUACUUCCAGAUAUAUUUUCUAACGCACAAGAUUUUGAUGACUGGUUUUCGAAUGAAGGUUCGGAAGAUGAUCAGGAUAAAGUUGUCAAACAAUUACACACGGUUCUUCAACCAUUUUUACUUCGUCGUAUUAAGAGUGAAGUCGAAACAUCUUUGUUACCUAAAAAGGAGCUAAACGUGUAUGUUGGUAUGUCAACUAUGCAAAAAAAAUGGUACAAACAAAUCUUAGAAAAAGAUAUAGAUGCUGUUAAUGCUUCCAGUGGUAAUAAAGAGUCCAAAACCAGAUUAUUGAACAUCGUCAUGCAGUUAAGAAAAUGUUGUAACCAUCCUUAUUUAUUUGAUGGUGCCGAACCAGGUCCACCAUAUACUACAGAUGAGCAUUUAGUCUAUAAUUCUGCCAAGUUAAAGGUUUUGGAUAAACUAUUGAAAAAAUUUAAAGAAGAAGGUUCUCGUGUAUUGAUCUUUAGUCAAAUGUCUAGAUUAUUAGAUAUUAUGGAGGAUUAUUGUUAUUUUAGAAACUACAAUUAUUGUAGAAUAGAUGGUUCAACAGCUCAUGAAGAUAGAAUCCAAGCUAUUGAUGACUAUAACGCACCAGAUUCAGAUAAAUUUCUUUUCUUGUUAACGACUCGUGCAGGUGGUUUGGGUAUUAAUUUAACUUCUGCUGACGUUGUUAUUCUAUUUGAUUCUGAUUGGAAUCCGCAAGCUGAUUUGCAAGCCAUGGAUAGAGCUCAUAGAAUUGGUCAAAAAAAGCAAGUUAAGGUAUUUAGAUUGGUUACAGAUAAUUCUGUAGAAGAGAAAAUUAUCGAAAGAGCUACACAAAAAUUGAGAUUAGAUAAAUUAGUUAUUCAACAAAAUAGAAGUGGUGCAAAGAAGAAGGAAAGUCAAGGUGACCAAAAAGAUGCUUUGUUAUCAAUGAUUCAACAUGGUGCUGCCGAUGUGUUCAAGCAAACCUCUAGUGGUAACGUCAGUGGAACUUCAUCUGAUAGAAACACACCAAAUCCAGAAGGAAAUGGUGAAGACAAAGACAGUGAAUUCGACCUUGAUGCUUUGAUUGCAUCAUCUGAAGACAAGACUAAAAUGCUAAAUAAAAAAUACGAUAAAUUAGGUUUGGAUGACUUACAAAGAUUCAAUCAAGACUCUGCUUAUGAAUGGAAUGGUACUGAUUUUAAGAAGAAGGUAGUUCAAAAAGAUAUAAUCAGUCCAACUUGGUUUAAUCCAACUAAGCGUGAACGUAAAGAAAACUAUAAUAUCGAUGGUUAUUACAAGGAUGUCUUGCAAACCGGUAGAUCAUCUACCCCAGCUCAACCAAGAAUGCCAAGACCUCACGCUUUCCACUCGCAUCAAUUAUUAUCUCCAAAGUUAAAGGUACUUUAUGAGAAAGAGCGUAUGUGGACUGCUAAAAAAACGGCUUACACACCAAAUAUGGAUGAUGUAAAAUCCACUUACGGUGAUAUAGAAGAUGAAUCUGAAAGAAAGCAAAAAUUAGCAUUAUUGAAAUUAAGUGUCCAAAAUGCCCAACCAUUAACUGAGGAAGAAGAAGCCGAAAAGAUAGAACUAGAAAAAGAAGGUUUUUCCAAUUGGGGUAAACUGGAAUUCAGAAAAUUUAUUUCUUUGUCAGGUAAGUAUGGUAGAAAUUCUAUCCAGGCUAUUGCCAUGGAAUUAGCACCUGGUAAGAGUGUUGAAGAAGUCCGUGAAUAUGCUAAAGCAUUCUGGGCUAACAUAGAAAGAGUUGAUGAUUAUGAGAAAAUAUUAAAGACUAUUGAGAUGGAAGAAGAUAAGAUCAAGAGAAUCAAGUUCCAACAAGAAGCUUUACGUCGUAAGAUUUCUCAAUACACCAAUCCAUUAUUUGAUUUGGUUUUAAAGCAUCCACCAUCGUCAUCUAAUAAAAGAACUUAUUCUGAAGAAGAAGACAGAUUUAUAAUGCUGAUGUUAUUCAAAUACGGUCUUGACAGAGAUGAUUUAUAUGAAAGAGUCAGAGAUGAAAUCAGAGAUUGUCCACUAUUCGAACUAAACUUUUACUUCCAAAGUAGAACCCCAAUCGAAUUGACUAGAAGAGGUAAUACUUUACUACAGUGCCUAGAGAAAGAAUUCAAUGAUGGGAUAAUACUUACUGACGAAAACAAGAAACGAAUCGCCGAUGAGGAUAUAGAAGGUGAGAAAGUGAAGGAAGAGAUUAAGAAGGAAGAAGCUGGGGCUGCUAAAGCCCAAUCUGAAGUUAAAGCUGAGGCUGGAACUGAAAUUGAAACUGCAGAAUUAAAGAAAAGGCCAUUAGAAGAACCAUUGUUGCAAAACGGUGGAGAAAAAGAGGAAGAAGUGAAUAAAAAGGCUAAAGUAUGA